AUGUCGUCCACCACCACCACCACCACCACCCGCACCACCACCACCAGCAACAACGACGACGCGCCCUCCACCAGCGUCCUCGCCUCGCUCCCCUACACGCGCGGCGUCAUCAACUACCUCGACCGCUCCGUAGACAAGCCCUACACCUACCUCUACGAGCAGGACAAGGAACCCGCAAACAACCACGUAUACGUGUCCCCCACCGUAAACAUCUCCGACCUCCGACACCUCUCCCACCAACAGCGCAUCCAAGCCGGCUUCACCACCGACCACGCCGGCUUCCAGAUCAUCGACGGCUUCGGCAGCCCGGACACGCCCCAGCAGUGGGCCGACCGCAAGUGGGACCUCGCCGGCUGGCUCGAGUCGACCUACUACAGCGACGUCGACCAGCUCCUCAAGUCCCACCUCGGCGUCACCUCCACCUUUAUCUUUGACCACACCGUGCGCAAGAGGCGCACAAAGGAGCAGCAGUCGCUCCCGGACACGCCCGACAACCGCACCCCCGUCGCAUUCGCCCACAGCGACCAGAGCCGCAAGGCCGGCGAGAACCGCAUCGAAAAGCACCUGGGCAACGACACCCUCGAGAGGGUCAAGCGCGGCGAGCUCCACGCCCAGCUCAUCAACGUAUGGAGGCCGCUGAGGGGCCAGGCCUGGGACACGCCCCUCGCCGUCGCCGACAGCCGCACCGUCAGCCGCGGACAGGACGGCAACCCGCCCGACUGGAGGGAGACGGAGCUGCGCUACCCUACCUGGACGGGAGAGACGCUCUCGAUCCACCCGAACCCGGAUCACCGUUGGUACUACUACUCGGGCCUGCCGACUGACAAGGCCAUCCUGCUCAAGUGCUACGACUCGCGCACCGAGACGCGCACGCCGCACACGGCCUUUACCGACCCGCAGACGCCCGCCGAUGCCGAGCCGCGCUGGAGCGUCGAGGUGCGCGUGCUGGCCAUUACCGACCCGAGCGCCAAGGGCGAGGCGUCGUCGUCGUCGCAGGCGUAG